AUGAAACCAAAGUCCAUAAUUUAUCAAGUUGAUAGCGAAGAAAAGAAUUAUCAGCAAUUUUUGAAUCAACUAGGACCAGAUUCACUUGCAUCACUUUGCAAAUUGGCAGAAUCUUGUCAUUUCAACUUAUCAUCUCAAGGUGUACAGGGUGAUAUUGUUGGUGACAGUCGUGCUACUGAUUCAGCAAAUGAUGAUGGCAUUCCAGAAUUAGUCGAAAAUUCUGAAGCUGCAAGUGAAAAGAAAGAAAUAGCAAAAGCAUCAUCAGCAACAACAGAAAAAUUGUUACGCUUAAUAGUAAUUAUGGCUCAACCCAAAAUAACUGCUGCACCUCCACAUAGUUGUAGUAAUUAUUUUCCCUCUUUUGGUGGCGAGUUAAUCAAGUAUUGA